AUGGAGCCCAAUGAAACUGUUCUUUCAGAUGUCCAUGUUUUUGCUCCUUUCUUGAAAAUAGAAAACAGUGAUACCGCUUUAACAAGGUUUGUCAUCAAACAACCAAAACAAAAUAAUGAAAAAGACGUGGACCAUGGCAGUAUAAAUACUGUAAUGAAGGACGAUGAGGGAGACUUCGUUGUUGACAGGGGAAUCAAGUAUGAUAAUGAGCCAUGUGAUGUCAUCAUCAUUGAACAUCAACUUGCUACAGUUUUGAAAGAUGUUGGUUUGCAGGUGUGGAGAGGUGCUUUGUUACUGGCUGAUUACCUUUUGGAAAAUGAAGACAUGUUUGCCGGCUGUUAUGGGCUUGAGCUUGGUGCUGGUGUUGGAUUGUGUAGUGUUGUCCUAGGAAGAGUUGCAUCAGCUGUAUUUUGUACAGAUUUUGGUGAUGAUGUUCUUAGAAACUGUCACAAGAAUGCAGAAAUGAAUGCUCAUCUUUACAAGAACACAUCUGUAAAUAAAGAUGAAGGACAAGUUUCACCUGUAGUAAAAGUUAGAGAACUAGACUGGACAAAAGGAAUUAUUUUAUCCAGCACAUCUAAUGGAAUGGAAGAAUGUUAUCGUUGGUCCAAAACGGACACAGAUGAACUAAAGAAAGUGACUGUAUUUUUUGCUGCAGAUGUGAUUUAUGAUGACAAGCUCACUGAUGCACUAUUUAACCAGGUGUUACAUCUUCUACAACAAAAUCAGCAAGCUACCUUCUACUUGUCCAUUGAGAAAAGGCUCAAUUUUACUAUGGAAGACCUAGAUGUAGUCUGUCCAGCUUAUAAGUACUACUUACAGACAAUCCAGAGACUGCAGACAAAGAAAAUACUUCAUGUCAAGCAAAUACCAACCACUUUCACACAGUUCUUCAACUAUGAACGAGUCAAAGAACUAGAAUUAUGGGAAAUGAAAGCACACGGACCCGAAUGACGACUCAAAGAUUCGAACUGCCCCUUUUACCAUACAGCGCGCACACAUCAUUUUG